CAUCUGUGCCCCUCUUUGCCACCAUGUCUCUCGACAUCAACAAAUACACGGGUCAGAUACGCGACAUUCUCUCUGCACCGGGCAUCGACCUCACCACGAUUAGUGCAAAACGCGUCCGCAAGCAGCUCCUUGAGCAGAACGAGGACCUCACACCCGAGCUCAUCAAAGAGCAUAAGGAAGGACUGGAUACCCUCAUUGGCUCCGUAUAUGAGGAAGUUAGCGGUGGGAUGGGCGAGGGCCAGGACGACGAGGACUCGGUCAAGCGCAAGCACGAGGACGGCGAGGAUGAGGUGGACGAGGACACCCCUGCGCCUAAGAGGAGCAAAAAGGACACAGAGCGUGGCGAUGCUGAGCUUGCUCGCAAGCUCUCCAAGGCACUUAAUGGCCGCGAACGCGGUGCAAGGGCCGCAGCUCCUAAGGCUAAGGUCAAGCGAGGGAAAAAGGGUGCGAAAAGCGCCGCCGUCGUUGACUCGGACGGCGACGGCGAUAACGAUGGCAAGGCGAAACCGAAGAGGAAAGGCGGCUUCACAAAGGAGUAUAUCCUCAGUCAGCCCCUGGCGGAACUUCUUGGCGUAACGCAGCUCUCACGACCACAGGCAGUCAAGCACAUAUGGGUCUACAUCAAGGAGAAGGACCUCCAAAAUCCUGCAGACAAGCGAGAGAUCAUCUGCGACGAAAAAAUGAAGAAGAUCUUCAACGUCGACAAGAUUGGCAUGUUCCGCAUGAACCAGAUGCUGGGAGAACACCUCCAAGAACCGGCACCGGCCCCGACCGAGGCGGCAUAGCUCGUGUCGUGGCUCCGCCACCUAUCUCUGUCGUUAUCUGCGCCUCUCAUUCACUAUCCUGCUAUUGUUAAUGUGCCAAAUUACUUUCAGGUCAUAGCACCUGUUGUGCUGAUUGCCAUGUAAUCUUGUAUCGCGUAUCUUACGAGCGACUAACUACUGUUUCUUUUGCAUCUCUACAGCCCUUCCUUGGGAAGUCCUGUGCCACACCCACAGUUACUCUGUACCUGUUGCGGCUGGGCAUUCGUUCCACCUAAUGCUACUACUUUACUGUACAUACCC